CCAUGCAGUCGUUGCCGCUGCGAGUGGCUGUGGUGUGCUCUAGCAACCAGAACCGGAGCAUGGAGGCGCACAGCAUCCUCAGCAAACGAGGGUUCAGUGUACGGUCCUUUGGAACAGGAGCUCACGUGAAGCUUCCAGGACCAGCACCCGACAAGCCAAACGUUUAUGAUUUCAGAACCACGUAUGACCAGAUGUACAAAGAUCUCCUUAUGAAAGACAAAGACCUCUAUACCCAGAAUGGCAUUUUACAUAUGCUGGACAGAAACAAGAGAAUCAAACCCCGGCCAGAGAGGUUCCAGAACUGCAAAGACCCGUUUGACCUGAUCAUCACCUGUGAAGAGCGAGUGUACGACCUGGUGGUGGAAGAUCUGAAUUCCAGGGAGCAGGAGACCUGCCAGCCCGUGCAUGUGAUCAACGUGGACAUCCAGGACAACCAUGAAGAGGCAACCCUGGGGGCCUUCCUCAUCUGUGAGCUCUGCCAGUGCAUUCAGCACACUGAAGAUGUGGAUAACGAGAUCGAGGAGCUGCUGCAGGAGUUCGAGGAGAAGAGCGGCCAGACCUUCCUGCAUACCGUCUGCUUCUACUGA